GAGGUCUUCAAGCUUUGUGACUUUGAGCCAGAACACAGCUUUCGACCAGGAGCUCACAAAUUCCAACUGAAACAUCCAAUUUUCCAGAACAUACUAGUAGAACACCACAAAGAAUCAUGGAAUUGCUGGCCAACACUACCGAUAAACACAACCUGGAGUUGCAUGCAGCUCUUGGGUACGAGCGCCACGAUGAGAAGCUCACUCCGAGCCAAGCGUUUGUGAAGGACGCAUCCACCCAAAGAAACCUAAAAGAGCACGGUAUGAAAGUGGAUUCGAAGCAAGGCCCAGUCAGCCACAAAGAGGGUACGGACAAAUUGGAGAUCCACUUUCCCGUCAACGCAGCCAGGCCUCCUGUUGGAGAUGGCGCAAGAAUCGUCCGAGGCCCCCGAAUGGUUCGGCGCUGUAGCACUGGAUACGUCCGUCGAUCCAAAGCUCGUCGCCAGAGUGGUGCGGCAGUGAAUGAAAUCCUCGAAAUGCAAGACUUUCAAAAGUUUGAAAACAGUCUCCUGGAUCGUAAGGAUAGCCUCCGCUUAAUCAGAGGUGUCUCGCACAUGUUAGAGGACAGCGCUAAGGAGCUAGAAGAAGCAGUGCAGGACGACGCGGAAGAUGCAGCACCAGAACAAGAUAGCGAUAUGGUGAUGCGUAUCUAUCGUCGCAAGCCACGACGAAUGAGCGGUUGCGCAGUCUCUGGCACCACAAUGGAGGGCAUCAAGACGAACAUGCCUUGUCUUCUCCAGCGAGAAAACAGUAUCGACCUCUCCCAGAAGAGGAUGCGAUCCAGAAGGGCCUCCAUGACAUUCUGAUGAUAAAAGAAACUAAAACGAAGAUGCAUCCAGCAAACCAGGCGCAGCGAAGAAGAGGCGACAAGACAUGCGACGUGCAACUCCUUUCAGGUAGGACUGCCAGCUGGAAUACCCAAGUGUAUCAAGUAGGAUACAUAGUGCAUAGUACAUACGUAGUUACCAA